AUGAACCUUUCUUUUGAAAUCUUUUUCAGUAUAUCAAACAUUUACGGAUGGUCAGACACGAGGGUGCGAAGGUUUAAAGAUGACUUUCUUUUCGGUGUAGCAACAUCAGCUUAUCAAGUAGAAGGCGCUUGGAAUAUAGAUGGUAAAGGAGAAAGUAUAUGGGACAGGUAUCUUCACGAUCAUCCUGAAAUUCUACCUGAUGGAAGAAACGGCGAUGAAGCUUGCGACUCCUAUCAUAAUUAUAAAAGAGACGUACAAAUGUUGAGAGAACUCGGUGUGAAUCAUUACAGAUUUUCUAUAUCUUGGAGUAGAGUUUUACCAGAUGGGUUAAACAAAACAAACGAAAAAGGUCUCGAAUACUAUGACAAUUUAAUAGACGAGCUAAACAAAUACGGUAUACAGCCAAUGAUCACGUUGUACCAUUUCGAUUUGCCGCAAAAUCUUCAAGACCUUGGCGGGUGGACCAAUCCAUUAUCCGCUGAAUGGUUUGAGAAUUACGCGAAAAUCAUCUUUAAUAGAUAUGCCCAUAAAGUAAAAUAUUGGAUCACAAUUAAUCAGCCUAAUUCUAUAUGUGUGGAUGGGUACUCUGGGGAGUUCGCUCCUGGAAUAGAUUCCAAAGAGGAUAUUUAUUUGUGCAUUAAAAAUGUGAUGAUAGCUCAUGCUAAAGCAUAUCGCUUGUACGAAAAGGAAUAUAGGAGAAAAUAUAAAGGCUCUGUUGGCAUAGCACUGGCUCUCAAUUGGGCAGAUCCUAUAAGCAAUAUGACUGAACAUGUAGAAGCAACCGAUCUAUAUCGCCAUUUUACAUUAGAUCUAUACUUGAGUCCCAUAUGGUCUAUAGGAGGGGACUUUCCCGCAGAUGUCAAAAAGCGAAUAAAACAGAAGAGUCUCGAAGAAGGCCAUGAAAAAUCUAAACUGCCUGAACUAACUCGUGAGGAAAUUGUACUCUUGAAAGGUUCUUCAGAUUUUAUUGGAGUAAAUCAUUACACGACAGUAUUAGUCACCAAGUCGGAUAAAAGCUGUUCAAGUCCAUCUAUCGAAAGUUAUGCAGGUGUAGAAUUAAGUUUUAGUAAGGAGUGGCAGACGUCGCAGUCGUCUUGGUUGAGGAGUGUUCCUUAUGGUAUUUACAAGUUAAGUCUGUACAUAAAUAAAAACUAUGACUACCCUCCAAUGUUUAUAACGGAACAUGGCUGGUCUACUGCUAAAGGUCUCUCAGACUCCUCACGAGUGGACAAUAUGAGGCAAUACUUCAAGGCUUUAUUGCUGGCUAUGGAAGAUGGUGCGGAUGUAAAGGGGUAUACUGUGUGGAGUCUCAUGGAUAAUGUUGAAUGGGUAGCUGGAACUAGUGAACGUUUCGGGUUGUACGAAGUGGAUUUCGAAUCAGAAGAAAAAAAGAGAACGGCGCGACUGUCAGCCAUUGUAUACAAACGGAUCAUCAAAAAGAGAAUCGUAGAAGAGGAUUGGCAUCCUGCUAGCUUAAAAAUUUCUGUGAAAAAUAAAAAAAAUAAACCCCAUAGAGAAGAUUUA